AUGACAACCUUUAUGCGCCUAAAGAUCCCAUUCCAGGGCCGAUCCCCAGUUACAGCUCUCUCUGCAGCACGAACUCAAACAUCUCGCACCUCCUUAUACCGAGGCUACGCGACCAAAUCCUCAAAUGACCCCGAACAAGCAACGACCACAACCCACCGGCCAGACUCGCCCAAUCGCCCGAUCCCCUCCAAUAAAGCAAAGCCCACUAUUAACGAGGGAGAGCAGUCGCCUCUUACAGACCAAGAGGGGAACCCGAAAAAGGAUAUUCCCGAGGACGUGAAGAAGCACAAUCAGGAGAUGGAGGAGCGGUACGAUAAGCCGUAUAACUCCACUGCUGAUGAUGGCACAGUUAAACCUGCUUUCAAGAGCUAG